GUAAUAUUGUUUGCUGCCAUCUUUAGAUACAACUGUGCUCAUGCUAGCUGUGCAAGAUUCAAAUUCUCGACGGCUUUGGACUUGACACACCAUAUAUGAUUGAUUGAUGAUGGCUGACUUGAAUUUUAGUGAAGAGGAUAUCAAGAGACAAUUGGAGUUACUUGGCUAUCGUGAUGUACCAAGGUAUCGACUUGCUCAGUUUGCAAGAGAUCUUGAGAGGAUGAUUGAUGAAGAGAAGCAAUCAGAUGAUUCUCUCUACUCAAAUAUUAGUGAUUGUCGUAGUUCAUCAAGGAUCAGAUCCCCCGAUACCUCUGAUGUAUCAUAUGAUAGAUCAGCUGUUCGAUCUCCUUUUAAUGAUGUACCAAGACAACCAAAUACAAGACAUGUUCAGUUCACCGAACAACCUACCUUGAAAGAAUCCAGACUAGAUCAAGAGAAUCAACAAAUCCCUACCAAUUCAUCAGGCGUUCAAAGAUCAGGUCAAGUCAGGUCAACGGGGGUCAAUGACUCCAAGGUAUAUGAUCCAUAUCAGAGGAGAGAUAACAGACCUGGAGAAGUUGAAAGGUCAAGUAAGGUCAUCACUCCAGGAGGCAUUGACUCUAAGGUGUAUGAUCCAUAUGAGAGAAGAGAAGCUAGGCCCACAGUCCCUGAUGCCAAGAAGGUUUCAAUGAAGAGGAAAGUUGUGAGGAAACGAGAUGGACAGUCUCAAGUAUUUGAUGAAUCAGUGACAGAAAGUGAAUCUGAUAUAUCCUACCUAAAUGAGAGACUUGAAGAUCUACCUUUAAAUGAGACGGAGUCUGAUGUUUCUAGCACAGGGUUUGAUAGCUUUAGAAGACAUGUGGGUAGACCACAUUCUUCACAAGGAUUGUACUCUCACCGACCAGCUGGAAAUGAUGAGAGUGUAUAUAAACCACAUCUACCACGUUCAUUUAUCAGACCAUCAAGUGCUAAUCCAACAUGGAAACACAAUAAAAAGACAGACCCUGUAACAAGACAUCAGAUGUAUCGAGAGCAAUGGAAUUCUCAGAAGGCUCCAGGAGAAAAGAAUCAUAAAGGUCUUAGAUGGAGUGUGAGGGAACUGAUGAUGUAUAAAGAUGAGAUUGUUCAGCCGAGGUCUAAACCACGAGUCUAUGUUCCUAACAAUUACGUGAUUCCUUCUGACAAGAAACGUCAAGCGCUUCGAUGGGCAGUCAGAACUCAAUUAGCUCAUAGAGAAAUGCCUUCAACCUCAUUCGAUUUGUAAUAGUAAUUGUCGAAUUCUUAAUCCACAUUGAUAUCAACUGGGCCCAAGGUGUUCCCAUCAUUCCUAUUCUAUCAUUAAAAGGAUUGUAGUAGCCAUCUUUGAAAUUAAAACAAAGUUUACUAUCAGUAUGCAAUACAUGAAUAUUCAUGCCGCAUGUGCUAGUAUAAUUAAAUGAAAUGAUGAUUUACCUUAUAUAGUAUUGAGUGGAGAGUGUGAUUUUACUCUUAUCACAGCCAAGAGGCAGAUCAUGUUGCUACGUACAUAUCGCAGUCAAGUAAUUGUAAAUCAGUGGUAUCGAUAUUCAUACGAUACUAUGGUGUGACUCUUUUUCUUCUUUCCCACUAUCUUAUUGUGAAUUAUCCCCCAAACUAACAGCGUAACUUGAGUAUACAUUGUAGCUGACAAGGUUAAUAUAAUGCCCAGGCAAGCAAAAUAUAAUAAAGCAUGAUAUAUCACAAAAAAUUACAGCAAAUGAAUGAAAUCCAGCCCACUAUUCCACAGAGCAGUGUAAAUGGAAUGCAGGGCAUAAACGUAGUGGUGAGGACAAGGCAUUUCCUAUCUUUACUGAGUACAAGAUGAAGUAUGAUGGGGUGUCCAAACUUUGCAGACUUUAUGUUGAUUCUAGUUAUAUACAAGACAUCUUUUACAAGAUAUGUCAAAAAUCAUAUUUCAAGUGAACCAGAAUAUAUUGUAAAACAUUCUCUCACGCAAAAGUUUCAAUAGUCUCUUGUAAAACUAUCAUUAUACAGCUAAAUUGAAUUGCUUACCAUUAGCUCUCACUCAGCAGAAAUGUGUCCUUACUUGGUCGAUUAUGUUUGCUACCCUCUUGUAACAAUUUUUGUGCACAAUGAUGUCAUGUUAUGGACUGAGAAUUUUUUAGAAUUAGCCAUUUUAUUUCUAAAUAGUGUUGUGUAUUCAGGAUAUGAAUUAUUAGUCUGGGAGGGUAAUGAAGAAACUUUAUAUGCAGUUCAAAUCAUGGUAUUUAUUUAUAAAUAAUCAGCUACAUUUACAAUUCGAAGUACAUGAAGAUAUCACUGAAGAUUCAGAUAAACAGGAGACGAUGGAUAUAAUAUUCUAAAGUAUAAGAUUGAAAUUCUGAAUAUUGGAUGGAUGUGUAAUUCUUGAUGUCAGUCAGUCUAUCUGGUUGAGUGUGGGUCUAGUAUAUACAGUGUCUCUCUAAUAAUCAGGAAGUCUUAUUGUAUCCCCCGAACAGAGUUCGGAGGAUACUAUGGAUUUGGCCUCGCCGCGUCCGCCGCCGCAGAGAUUUCCUUGUGAGCGCUCUAUCAGCCGCAUUUCUUCUCCGAUCAUCUUUGAAUGUGGCAUGAAGGUCCAUUAUGCUAAUAGCAGAGAUGUCCUUGUGAGCGCUCUAUCAGCCGCAUUUCUUCUCCGAUCAUCUUUGAAUGUGGCAUGAAGGUCCAUUAUGCUAAAGCGAAGCCGCCUAUUGAUUUUGGUGUGGGCGGAGACAUCGUUGCCAUGGUAACAAGAGUUCUUGUGGAAUAGCAGAGAUGUCCUUGUGAGCGCUCUACCAGCUGCAUUUCUUCUCCGAUCAUCUUUGAAUGUGGCAUGAAGGUCCAUUAUGCUAAAACAAAGCCGCCUAUUGAUUUUGACAUAUGAUUAGUUUUGGGGUUGUAACAAUUUAAGGUGGAAGUGAUCUAAACUUGCUCUGAUUGGUCUACAGGUAACUAUCUAUCAAACUUUCAUUGGUAUAAGGGUGCGGUGAUGCUCUGUGCAGAGGCUAGGGCUGGUAUUGUGAGUCAUACUUCUUUAACUUGUGUUCUUUGAAGUUAGCUGACAUCUCUGAGGGUUGAUCUUUUAUGGUCAGAGUUUAGGAGUUCAAUGGUAAUGGGGGUUUUGGAAUUCUAUAAACAAGUGAAUGUGAAUGACUGAAAGGAUAACAGGAAGUUAAAGUACAUACUACAUAACAUUAGUGGCUGCUGAUGAUUAUUGGUUUGGUAAAUGGUAAACUGGAGACCUGUUUCUUUUUCUAACGAAUAAGCUUUUAAUUAAUGUGUAUUGGUCUUAGAGAUGAUUGAGUUGAAUUUGAUAGAACUCAUAUUUGAAGUGUAUUUUGUCAAUUGUAUUUCCUUCUCAGUGUGUCCAUUUAAGGCCAAUAUGUGAUAUUUUACAUCUGUUAGCAUUUUUUUUCUUUAUAGAUAUUUUCAUAAAUCCUUCUCUGACUACUUCAUUCUCACUUAUUCCAUUUCAUUUGAAAUUCAUAAAUAUGUGGCCCUAUAUUUUCUCCCAUCCUUUCCCUCAAUCAUUCCUCUCAUUGUUUUUCUUUCUCUAAAAUUCAACAUAUUCAUUGUGCAGUAUUUAUAUUUUUGAAAAUUCCAAUAAAAGUAAUAAGAAUUAAGAAUGAAAAUUGGAUUUUCCCCUCACUUCUCUAAUUCUGAAGUUGCGUGCAUGCAGCUGCAUGUAGAUAUAUUGAAAUGGCUUGUUCCCAUUCUGAUGGAAUCUUCCCUUCAUGCAUUAGUUUAUUGAAUAUAAUUUUAAGUGGUUUGGCAAUCUCACUAUGGGUUUCCUUCAACACACGCGAGUGAAUACCAUCAGGGCCUUGAGAUUUGUUGAGGUCCAGAUGCACUAACAGAUCAUCUAUUUCUUCACUUCUGAAUUCAUUAUUAGGAGUGCUACAUCUUGAGUCAAGUACUGGAACUGUAUGUCUGUCCUCUAGUGAGAAAACACUACCAAAGUAAUCAUUCAAAAUCUCUGCUUUCUUAUGGUCCUCUCUAGCCCAUGUUCCAUCAGGUGGUUGUAGAUCAUACAGUGAUCUACUCUUGAUUUGUCUCCUUGUUUACAUAUUUCCAUAAGCUUUUGACAUUUAGCUUGAUUUCUUCUGCUAAUUUAUUCUCAAAGUUAGAUUUUGAUUUUGAAUACGGGCCUAUGAGCCCAGAUGCUUUGACUCUGUAGGAUUAUCUGUAGGUCCGGAGGAAAUUUAACAACGCUUUUUCUAUUGAGACUUGGGUGGUGGAGUUGACUUUCUCCUAUCCAGGAAAGCUUUGAUGUUUGAACAUGAUGAAGAGGGGCUUGGGUUACAUGGUGUUGGUGUUUCCUCUUCACGAAUCUCUGUCACUUAUUUUGGUCUAGUGACCCUCUCUUCGUCUACCUCCGCCAUGUUGAAUGGAUGUAUUCCUGCAUUUUGGAAUGCUGCUUAGGGUUUUCUUCCUUCAUUGACUGCAGGAAUGAUUGACAGAUGAGGAAUGUCAUGUCAUAUCUUGUGAUCGAUUGCCCAGGAUGAGAAAUUAGAAAGACUGUAGCGGGUGCGUCGUGGUCUAGUGGUUGUGACUCGCCUUUCAAACAGAGGGUCGUGGGUUCGAAUCCUAACUAUGGCGUGUUUUCCUUCAGCAAGAAAUUUAUCCGCACUGUGCUGCACUCGACCCAGGUGAGGUGAAUGGGUACCCGGCAGGAUUAAUUCCUUGCAUGCACUGAGCGCCGGUGAUGGUAGCUUGAGCUAAAGCUGGGUAAUAAUAGCAGCGCUUUGUAUCCUCGGGCAAAAGGCGCUUUAUAAAUACAGCUAUUAUUAUUAUUAUUAUUAGACUAUGUUGUAUAAUGUUUCCAUUGGUCCAAAACAGCCAAUGUCAAGGGAUUGUAGGAUGUGACUGGUGUGAGGAUGCAAGAGGAACAAUAUGAUAUUGUUACAGUGAGCUUCUUUGAUGAGUGGGAUGGAGAUGUGUCUAUUAUGACUGUCUUAGAGUAGUAGCACCCUCUGCUCUGGAUCUCUGGUGGGGAGGUAAAGAAGAAGUGUCUUCAUAAAAAUAUGCAGCCAUAACCCUCAAAACAAAACUUUCUUAAAUGUUGUCACUCUUCUAUAUAUACCACAAAUAUCUUGACGUGUGCAGUAUUAGCACAGCUCCUCCUCGUAAGUCGAUAUGUUGAAGAAUUCCACUUCUAUUGAAUCAAUCAAUAGAUUUUUGAACUUGUCUGAAUCAUCGAAGCUAUCUAGCGGGUCAAGACGAUCACAGAAAAUAUGCUCCCUUCUAAGGACAGCACCAUCAAGAGCCUCUAUUAGUGCUGCCAUUUUCAGAAGCUGAGGCAGCAAAAUUGCAUUCAAACUUCGAAAGGAUAUUUUUUUAAUAAUUAAGGGUGAGUAAGAUAGUUUCAAUUAUUUCCAGUGUUAGAUUCUAUUUCAAUUCAUUUAAUUCUUUCUUUUCUUUCAUCUCUUGAACACAGCACAGAUUUAAGCCACAUUGACUCUGAGUGAGAGAUGUGCAUGCAUGCGCCCCAAUGGGCCCACCUUAAUAAAGACCUAUCACUCAUUCUUAUCUUUUCUCUCCCAAACUCUAAAUUGUCCAUUAUAUUUUGUUUUUCUCUCCAAAGUUUAUUUAUUUUUACUCUUUUUGUAGACUUACACUCAUCUCAUGAAUCCACUAUCGAUUGGUUUAUGUUAAUUUUUGUAAGAAUCUUGUUACUUGGUGGUGUUUUAGGUGAAAAAAAUCAAUGUACUUCUAGUAAGAAAAUCCUAAAGGUAUGCCCUGCUCAUUGUGUGUUUAAACUAUGGCACGAUAUUUGCUCUGUAUUCUCGAUGUACUACAGGUCAGGUUCAGACCCAGCCGGGUUUAGGACACAAUAGCGUUGAGAGGCCGAAUAUUGUGCGCAAACACUACAGCCCCUGAAAUAGUAUCAUAUGCAUCCUGGCUGGAUCUGCAGAUGCCUAUAAGAAAAGAUUCCUAUGCAAGCUGUCCACAAGCACUAUCAUAUUAUAAGAAUUUAAGAUGUCACACUGUGGUAUAGUCUAUGUAGAUUCGCCAUCAGAGUCUACUCUGGUUAUACCUCACGCUUGUACUCAUCAGUAGCGCAUACACAAAGUAGUGAAUGUAACAGUGGUAUGUUCAUUUAGGUAGCAUCAAAACCUAGAAUAUAUCAAUCUUUGUAGCUCUUGUGACAUGAUACUAUUUUUGAACUAUUACUGAUUCUAAGUUAUUCUAAUAUAUGUCAUUUGCCUUCCAGUAAGAGUACUCUUGAAAAUAUGUAAUAUAAGUUUGCUUUCUUUGUGUACAUGUAUAUAUACAGUAGUAUUUUAUUGUAGGAAAAGUGUGAAUAAAUCCUCAUGAGCAAUAUCAUGAUUCUUAAGAAAGCUAA